UGCGUCACCAGCAACCUGCUGGCGCUACUGUUCUUGCAAUGUUGAGAUAAGGAGGGUUGUGAUGCCAUGGAGACACUGUGUUCCCAGCCUUCCCUGUCCCGUAGAAUUUAACUGAACUUGGAGGAUGAAGUCCAGCCUAAUGCAUUUGGUUCCACCAGUGAAUAGAGAAAGAAUAAUCUCCAAGUUUCCCAAGUGGUACACGCCUGAAGCCUGUCUGCAGUUUAAAGAGCACUUCCAUGCACAGGUCAGGACUGCUUGUCAGCAGAGCACUGGAACAGCUGGGCUGAAAAUAUCCAAAGUGGUUGUGGUAGGAGACCUGUUUGUUGGGAAAACCAGUCUCAUCAACAGAUUUUGUAAAGAUAAAUUUGACCGAGACUACAAGGCAACCAUUGGAGUAGAUUUUGAGACUGAACGUUUUGAGAUAAUUGGAAUGCCAUAUAACCUCCAGAUAUGGGACACAGCAGGUCAGGAGAAGUUCAAGUGCAUUGCGUCUGCUUAUUACCGAGGAGCAGAGGUUAUAAUAACAGUGUUUGAUCUGGCUGAUAUCCAAACUUUGGAUCACACCAAACAGUGGCUAGAAGAUGCAUUGAGAGAGAACGAGCCAGAUUCCAGCUUCAUCUUUCUGGUUGGAACAAAAAAAGAUUUGGUGUCAGAUGCUGUGUGUGAAAGGACAGAGCUGGAUGCCAUCCGUUUUGCCAAGGAGAUGCAGGCAGAAUACUGGUCGGUUUCAGCCAAAACAGGAGAAAAUGUCAAAGAAUUCUUCUCCCGUGUUGCUGCCUUGGCCUUUGAACAGUCCAUGAUAAAGGAGCUGGAGAACACUCCUGGGCACAGGGCCCAAAUUGGGGCAGGAAAUCUCAUCAAAGUAGAGAAGAACAUUAUGGAAGUUCCAGAAGACAAAACUCAAGUCAGCCUGAGUUGCUGCUAACUGUCAGCUGUUUCUGCAAGUGCCACACUUCUCUGCAACAAUGUUCUCAAACCAGAACUAGAGAGCUUUAAUUUUAGAAAUGAGGGAGGAAAAACUUACCCAAACUUUCUUGCUCAGAGUUCCCUUGCUGCUGCAGGCUCCCUGUGUAGGGUGGUACAAUUGUUAUGUAAACCUUUCUUUGUGUAGUUGAAACAUAGCGUCCUUGUCUUAAUGCAAGAAGACAUUGCCAGUGCCAUGGGCUCACCUAUCUGCCAGAAAGGCUUGUAGUCAAAAAUGAUGUCAUUUUAGUGUGCUGGUUUUUGAUAAUUCUCUAGAAAUCUUAGCUGGUGAAGUGGCAUUCUCAUGGGAGCAGAAGACAAGUGGUAGUUCAGAAUGAAGGGAGACAUCAAUAUGGUUUUGUCUUUUAAAAUCAUCGUGUGAAAUAAUUCUGAUUUGCUUUUAUGCAUUCCAAGUAUUUUAAAACUAAUUGAAAACAAAUCUUUUUAAGUAUCAGGUUGGAAGUACACAAAUGCAGACUGCAUAGUUUCCACUGUGGUUUCUGUGUCCAGGAAAAAUGUGUACUACUUUUCAUUUUCCACUUGAGAAUCAGAGCCCAGUAUUAAAUAUUUCCAAAGAAGUCCAGGUAGGAACUUGGUUGUUUUAACACAGCUGCCUAAUGUUUUGAAAACGUUGCCAGAUAAGAAUGCUAUUCUUUUCCAUUCUCUUGAAUAAGAAAGGAUGGUCACACAGGUGCAUAAUAUGGAAGACAUAUUAUUUACCUCUAAUUUUUCCAAUAUCUCUCUGAACUCUAAUGCUCUGUUGUAUCUAGCUUAGAAUUCCAUAUUUCUAGGAUUCAUAUCCAGCAUUUUAGGCUUGCUGACAUAAAAAAAAAAUUAAAAAAAUAUGUAUACAAUGCUCUAAAUUUAAUACUGCAAUUAUUUUAAAUGGAGAGAAAGAAGAAAAUGUAUGAAGAGUUAUAAGGUACAGUUUCUUGAGAUAUUUAUCCAAUCAUUGCAGAAACAACAUUAUCUUUAAAAAUAAUUAUAAUAAGACUCAGAUUUGAGCUGCUGAAAAAUAAAGACAUUUGUUAAUAAAGAAAUGCAUCAAUCUGAAAAUAUUCUGGAUUUUCUGC